GUUUUUUUUUUCCUGUACGGCAGUAGCUUUUUUUUUCUUCAGCCAUUCUUGGAGGAAAAAAGAAUCAGAAAAGUAUUACCACAAACAUUAGUGCACAAAAGGUGGCUCUUCUUUUUACAGGACAGGGUAUAUAACUUUUUUAAAAAAAAAACUAUCAAGAGACACAUGCCAUCAGGAAUAAUCUGCUGAGAGAUAUCGUCCAACAGUUGGAAGGGGUAGUGAGAAAUGGAUCAGCAGAACAAGACAAGCUGUGUGCCACAGGUCUGCAAUUGAUGGCUUGAAAGGAACCUAUGAAAGAGAAAUGCGAAGAGAACUGCGCAUGACUGGAACUUAAUCAUGUGUACAGAGAAAGUCCCUUAAAUGUUUGAAAGGUUCCAAAUGUUGUCUGAAAUGCUAAGGAGGAAACUUCGUCACUGUGCUUUCUUACGGUUUAAGCCUCUUUGGGUGUUAAUUUGUACAUUUGGAAUCUGGUCUUAUAUUACAAUUCACCAGAAACCAACCUACCAAGAUUAUGAGCAUUUGGAAUUGACUAGUGAGCAUCUUAAUACAGUAAACUGUUCCAAGAUACUAGAGGGUGACAAAGAGGAAAUUGAAAAAGUAAAGCUUGAACUGUUAAAAGUGUCCUUUAGGAGAACCCCCAAAAUGACGCCAAAUGACUAUAUCAACAUGACAGUUGAUUGUGCCUCCUUCAUUAAGAAGCGGAAAUAUAUUAUGGAACCUCUCAGCCAAGAAGAAGCAGAAUUUCCCAUUGCGUAUUCAAUAGUGGCUUAUCAUAAAAUUAAUAUGCUUGAGGGACUUCUGAGAACCAUAUACGCUCCUCAAAAUUAUUACUGCAUUCAUGUUGACAAGAAGUCCCCGGAGUCUUUCUUGGCAGCGGUAAAAAGCAUUGCAUCAUGUUUUCCCAAUGUCUUCGUUGCCAGCCAGUUGGAAAGUGUAGUCUAUGCCUCAUGGAGCCGGGUACAAGCUGACCUCAACUGCAUGAAGGACCUCUACAGAAGGAAUGUGAGCUGGAAGUACUUGAUCAAUCUCUGUGGCAUGGAUUUCCCAAUCAAGACCAAUCAAGAGAUUGUGGAGAAGUUGAAAGCCCUCAACGGUGAAAAUAGUUUAGAAACGGAAAAAAUGCCUUCAAACAAAGAGGUGAGGUGGAAGAAACAUUAUGAAGUAGUUGAUGGCAAGGUAAAAAAUAUGAGGAUAGACAAACAGCAUCCACCUUUCAACAUACCCAUUUUCUCUGGAAGUGCCUAUUUUGUUGUUAAUAGGAAAUUUGUGGAAUAUGUAUUAGAGAACAGCAAAAUCCUUGCUUUUAUAGAAUGGGCUAAAGACACUUACAGUCCUGAUGAAUACUUAUGGGCUACAAUCCAGCGAAUCCCUGAAGUUCCUGGUGCAGUCUCUGCCAGUGACAAAUACGAUGUUUCCGAUAUGAAUGCCAUUGCCCGGUUUGUGAAGUGGGAUUACUUUGAGGGGGAUGUAUCCAAGGGUGCUCCUUACCCACCUUGCAAUGGAGUUCACGUCCGUUCUGUAUGUGUCUUUGGAGUCGGAGACUUGAGCUGGAUGUUACGGAAACAUCAUUUUUUUGCCAACAAGUUUGAUACUGACGUUGAUCCUUUUGCAAUUCAAUGUCUGGAAGAGCAUUUACGAGACAAAGUGCUACAACAACGCAGACAUUAACGUGCAGUGUUCUUUUUAUGGUACAUGUCUUUCUCAUUUGAUUAAAUUGGCAGAAAAGAGAUGGAAAAUACAAUACCCCUUUUUUGUUUUUAAACAAAGCUUGUAGGGUGAUUAUCUAGCUGAUUGUAUCCCCUGAGCUUUCUUAAUUGUUUUUUUUUCUAAAAUAGUUCUAUUACAAAAAUUCUCUUGCAAAAGGCCACAGGAUUUUAGGCAUGAAACAAGAUCCUCCAGUUUACAACUGAAAGACUUACACUCUGUUCAUCUCUCCUCUGUAUCUUUUAAAGAAUUCUGUUAGAAAUCAAAUAAUCUUGAUCCUUAGUUGGUGUAGCCACUAAGAUUACUUUCCUUAGUGGAAAAUGGACUAUUUUGAGAACUAAAAGUACUCAUGGUGGAAAAGAUCUCAGAUUAAGGGAAAUUUAUGAGAUUAUGAAAUGGUAAUUUGAAGUAUAUUUAUGUCUCUAUUGUCAAAUUACCGAAUUCUACACACACACACACACACACACACUUUUUUAAACUGUACCAGCAAUAUUUACAUAUAUACACAAAACACAUGCAAGUUGUUUUUUCUAAGUUUAAUUUUUCAGAUAGACUAUUCAGUUUUUAUAGACGUUUUGUCAAUAGAAAUGUAGCAGAAGCCUCCUAGUUAAAAUAUUCUCAGGGAAAUAAAAUGUAUGCCUGUUUAUGUUCUUUUUAAUAUAACUUGAUGGCAUUUAUGUUUGCUGCUUGCCAAAUCAUUUGUCACUUUUCCAUAAUGGGAAAACAAAACAAAUCAGUAGAAUUGUUAAUUCAUAAUAGUUCCUACCAUUAAUUUUACUACUGAAAAUUUUUUACUCUUCCAAAUUGAAAAAAAUGUAUCCUUUUUAAGGCUUGCUGUUAUGCUAACUGCAUACAACUCUUCAAAAGGGGAGGAGUUAACAUAUUUCAGUUCUUAAUAAAUCAAAGCAGCAGAACAAGCAAGCUCUAGAACAGGCAUAAUAAGUGCUGUUUCUGUUUAUAGCUAGAUUUUUUCUUUUCUUGGUGUGUUUCCCAAUGCUGGCUUGGAAACAAUUUAUGGAAAUGGCAUGAGGUACAAAAUAGGACUUCAGUUUCCUGCUGAACAUCCAAGUGUUCCAGAAUAGUCCAUAAUUAAAACUGCGCUGGAUAGAAUUCUAUCUUCCGGCUGCAAUAUAUUAUGUCAAAUUAUAUUUCUAUACAUGUUUUAUUUCUUAUGUGUUAAUUUUUAAAAGGGAGGAAAAGUCUCAUUUAAGUUGAGUUGGGUUCUUGUUGACAUCAAAGGAAAGCCCAUCAGGGUUUUUUGGCCAGCAUUGGUGACCAGUGCUGACAAUUUUAUUUAUUUCUUUAUUUAUUGGUCAUCCCCAUGUAGCCUUACACCCGGGUAGGCAAAGUUGUAGACAAAAGUGAAAAUGUUUUUAAAAGAGGACAAAAUCCUACCUGGCUCAUUGAUCAACCAAGCAGGAUGAACAAUUGUUUAGAAAUUUGCCAUCAGGAUGAUUGAAAAACAUGCAAUUUCAAUUAUAUUGCAUAGAUAAUAUGUGGGGGACAAAGUUUCUUAAGGGUUAUUUACCAAAAGUUUGCCUGUUCACUCCACUUUGGACCUACUGCCCACUUUCCUCUUUUGAGUCUAGGAACUGUUGUCAUCUGACCACAGGUAAAAUGAGUUUCUGUAGUUCAAUGUUUCUCAACCUUGGUAAUUUUAAGAUAUGUGAACUUCAACUCCCAGAAUUCCCCAGCCAGCCAUGGAAAAUCUGGAAUUUGAAGUCCACAUAUCUUAAACUUGCUAAAGUUGGGAAACGUUGCUGUAGGAUUUAUCCCAUGAUGCUUGUGACUUUCCUUAAGUCACCCUACUUUAAAUAUUUUUGCUGCAGUUUAAUGUAGUAGAAUCUUAUGUUCUUUCCUUCAUCUUUUGUUCAUGUACGUUUUUUUCCAACUUCAUCUUCCCUACCGGAUGAUCUACUCUCUCUUGAUUUGGAGUUUCCAGUAGCUGUUAAGAGAGGCUUAUGUUGAGACAUCUUGCUUGGCAUGAUCCCAAAACAUUACUGAAAACCAUAGUUUAGCUAUGCAACUGGACCAUGGCAAUGGGUCCUGACUUAUCUUCAAGAUUCAGCAAGACAUUGAUUGGGUUAUCUCACAUAUUGGAUUCAUUUAGCAUGUGAAUGAAUACUCUGACUUGGUAAAUUCUUACAGAUAAUGGUACUCAUGCUUCAGUUAAGAAGAAUAGAUGCCUUCCAAAAAUAUCCAUGUACGUGCAAUAAAUCAUUGUAUGUGAUAAUUUAUUUUAAUUUUGUUUGCUGUUUGGCACUACUGAAGAUGUCAUCUGAUAAUAACUGAUUAUUAAUUACAAUUCACUGAUUAUAAGUGAAUGGAUUUUUGUUAGCUACAUUGGCAUUCAGUUGACCAAUUCUAUGUUGUAAUGCUCAAAUUCAGUUACCAAAACAUUUAAUAAAUAUGUGAUAUAGUAA